AUGGGAGCAGCGGAGGUUCUAACCGAACCAUCAAGCCUAUAUGAGGCUAACUAUGUGAGCAAAGGUGUUCUAUCUGACAUGGAUAUGGUUAUUACCGUGAGAAACACCCUUGCUUCUGUCAAACACGGGGAAUCAAAUGACCGUUACGAUGAGCUUGUUAAAACGUUGCAGGCUACCAAAAAUUCUGAACCUGCAGUUACGGCACAGCUUGUGACAUUAUUGAAAGCAUUGGCAGGCUCUGUGGCUUACAUAGAUAUCGAUAUCAUUCAACAUCAAAAGAUUAUAGAUUUGGUUUUUGGAAUGUCAUUGUGGGAUCUCAAACCGGAUGUCAUGGAUGCUUUUGUGGACCUACUCAUAUCACUGGCUGUCACUACAGGAAAGUAUCUGGACCGUUGUCUGACUAUGCUCGUACACCACUUUGUGCCACCGGAUUGGGUGAUUAAGAGACUUUCCCAGCCCCGUGUAAUUGACCAGAAGAUGGAGGUUCUUUCUCGGGUCCAUAAAGCUCUUCUGAAAAUCUUUUUUUUGUUUCCUCUUGCUCCCUCGUUUAUAUUGGUCAGACUCGACAAAAUCAUGCCCAAAACACACAUAAAGGGCCAAGUGGUAGAGAUAUUUGUGGAGAACUUAUUAAAGCUAGAGAACAGUCCAAUCGGGCAAGUUAAUAGCAGCACGAUUCUUAUGAUGGUGAUGAAGAGGCUGGGAGAUAUGGAUUUGGAGAUUGAUUGGAAUGGUAUUCCACAAGAUGACUCUAGUAGAGGCAUGUUUAGUAUGGAAAUUGAAGAUACUAUGAAUGAAGGAGAUGUAGUUUUUGAGUCUUUGGACAAAUUGAUGGUCAUAUCUUUUGACCAUCUUGAAUCCUGUAAACUUGCUGGUCGUUUGGAUGAGGUGUUUGAAAAUCUCUUCGAGGCAUUUGUUAAAUACAUUCUGGAUACAUCCAAACCAAAAGUUUCUCAGUUUCUGAUGUUCUAUGCAUGUUCACUGGAUCCUGAAAAUUGUGGUGUGAAAUUUGGGAGUAAGCUGAUGGACAUUUUCCUCUCCAGCAAAGAGCCACUUAAAAGGCAAGUUUCAUCUUCUCUUCUAUGGUCAAAAUUAACACCGCUCUUUCAUGUACUAAUGAAAACUUGGUUUGUGCCUUUGUGGUUUUGUUUCUCCCUCUUUUUUUAUAACAGGAUGACUGCGAUGGCUUAUCUAGCUAGCUACUUGGCUCGUGGGAAGUUUUUGCCUGUUUCCUACGUGGCUAGCAUGCUAAAAAGGUUGGUAGAAGAGUGUGCGGAAUACUGUAGAAUUUGCAGUGAUGAUAUUAACUCUGCUGCACAUCAGAUUUUCUACUCCGCAUGCCAGGCGAUCAUAUAUGUGCUUUGCUUCCGGAUGAGAUCCAUCUUAGAUGUUCCUCGCUUUAGGUCUGAGCUUAUUCCAUUGGAGUCAAUUUUAAUGCACAAACUAAACCCGUUAAAGAAAUGCAUUCCAUGGGUAGUUGCAGAGUUUCUUAAACAAGCUAAAGCAGGUGGCCUGUUCGUUGUCUCAGACUCCUUCAUUUCGGAUAAGCUACUUGAGUCUAAGAGGCUUGAUGCAUUCUUCCCUUUUGACCCUUGCUUGUUGAAAAGAAAUUUGUAA